GAGCCACCGUGCCCGGCAGCUCAGGCUAUAUUUCUAGUGGACAGGGCUGUUCUAGAAUUAUGACUGGCCUCCAGUCACCUCCACGGAACAAAGCAAAGAGAUGGCAAAAGCGGGCUAAGUACAAUUAUUUUGUGACCUGAUAAUGACAAGACAAGUGUGAUCUUGUUUUUCUUUUCUAGUUCACACACAUGAGGAGGAGACAGCAAGAGACACCACAGGGGCUGGUCCAGGAGAUGAGGGACAGCCUAUACCAGCUCCAGCCAGCCUGCCUUUCACCAGUCCGGAGGGUGGUGUGUGUGUGUGUGGUGCCAGAUUUGCCUAUUAGAAGCUCCGACCGUGUCCCUGUUAAACUUCAGAACCCUUCAUGGGCCCCUUACACGGUCCAAGUGCCUCACUAUGGGCCUUCAAGACCCUGAACCACCGGAGCCAAACUUGUCUUUCCAGCUUCAUCUCACAUGCUUCCUGCUCAAAACCCCCACAGCUGUCAGUUCACGCUAUCGUUUAGUCUGCUAAUCAAUUAUUCAACAAAUAUGUGUUGAUUAUUUCCUGCAUACUAGCUACUGAGGUCAUGAUGAUUAGUAAAAGACACACUGUCCCUGUACUUGCUGGGGACCACACAUCUAGCAGAGGAUGACAGGUAAAUGCAUAAUAGGCAGUUAAGCACAUUGCAGUAAGAGUAGUAGUUGGGGAAGCACAGGGACCAUGGGUGCACGCAAGAGGCACCUAAACCAGCCUGCAAAUCAGGGAGGGCUUCCUGGAGGAGGUGGCAUCUCAGUUGAAGAAUGCAAGUCGCUCAGACUGAGGCUGGGGAGUGGCGAAUAUCCCAGGCAAGAGAGAACUCUUGAGUUCAAAAACUGGAAGGGCAGAGAGGAGGGCAGGGUGCCAGUGGCAAAUGACUGACCUGGUGCAUGUGGCAGAGGCUUUAUGAGCCUUGUGAAGGAGUGUGGCGUUUAUUCUGAAGUGUUUAUUCUGGGAGCUCCUGUCUCCCGCCUGAAAGGCCUUCACCCCUCCUCCCUGUUCACUCAAAUCCUGCUUCCCCAGUAGGAUCCAGUCUGUGGGGCAAGCCAGGCGUUGGAGGGAGAAUGAGCGAAGGGCUUUUGGAGGCUCCAGCCUAGGGCCAAGGAAUGGAGGCUCACCUGAGUGCAGGUUAGGCAGGUGAAGUGUCUCCCCGGAAACCGAGCUAGAGUGCCCCACCUGCUCAGCCCUGCCUUCUCGGAUGGGAUCCAGCACGUCCAGGCUUCUCCUCCCCCCCCAGGAACCAGUGGUGACAGCUGAGGCCAUGUGAGUAGGAUCCUGAAUGAGGCUUUAUCUCUGGCUGUUCGUCCCAUCGUCCACCGUGGCACCAGCUCCCUCAGCCAGCCGGGAUGGGACCAGCGACUGAGAGAGCCAGAGGCAGAGAGGUGAGGGUGACUAUAUCCUGGACUGUGAGAGGAAUGGGACUCUGGGCCUGUAGCUGCCAAGCAGGUGGCGGGUGCUCCAGGCUGUGAUCUGCACCCUCUGACCCCUGACGUUGACCUACCCUGACCCCUGCCUGACCAAGCCAUGUCUGAACAGGAGGCUCAAGCCCCAAGGGGCCGGGGGCUGCCCCCAGACAUGCUGGCAGAGCAGGUGGAGCUGUGGUGGUCCCAGCAGCCACGGCGCUCGGCGCUCUGCUUUGUCGUGGCAGUGGGCCUCGUGGCAGGCUGUGGCGCGGGCGGCGUGGCACUGCUGUCAACCACCAGCAGCCGCUCAGGUGAAUGGCGGCUAGCAACAGGCACUGUGCUCUGUCUGCUGGCUCUGCUGGUUCUGGUGAAACAGCUGAUGAGCUCGGCCGUGCAGGACAUGAACUGCAUCCGCCAGGCCCACCAUGUGGCCCUCCUGCGCAGUGGUGGAGGGGCCGAUGCCCUCGUGGUGCUGCUCAGUGGCCUCGUGCUGCUGGUGACCGGCCUGACCCUGGCCGGGCUGGCCGCCGCCCCUGCCCCUGCUAGGCCGCUGGCUGCCAUGCUGUCUGUGGGCAUUGCUCUGGCUGCCUUGGGCUCACUUUUGCUGCUGGGCCUGCUGCUGUAUCAAGUGGGCGUGAGCGGACACUGCCCCUCCAUCUGUAUGCCCACCUCCUCCACCCACAGUGGCCAUGGCGGCCAUGGCAGCAUCUUCAGCAUCUCAGGACAGUUGUCUGCUGGCCGGCGUCAUGAGACCACAUCCAGCAUCGCCAGCCUCAUCUGAUGGAGCCAGAGCCCUUCUUCCCACACCGGCCUCAGUGUCCCCAGAGCUGAGCCAGGGUGUGAGUGCAUGUGGACGCUGAGUAUACGUGAGUGCGUGUAUGCCCCCAGGCUGGGUCAGCUCUUCUGUGGAUUGCAGAAGAGUGGUGCAAUGUGAUGAACAGCCCAUGUGUUCCCACACAUCCACACCAUGGGAAGGUUAAUGCGUGCCUCCUUGGAACUGGGUGUUUGUGUCCAUGGAACUUCCUGUCUGUAUCUCAGGUCAGUAGACGCAGAAACACCUCAUGAUGAAGACUCUUGAGCCCCAUUUCCAAAACCCCUCAAAUCCAAUCCUGUCUUGUAACAUCCAUCAAAGAUUUCCAUAGGGGUAACUGGUGUCCACCCAAGACUGCACCAGUGCCUGCUCAUUGAGGAGAGUAACUGCUGCCAGGCAGAAAGAAUAUGGGCUCUGCAAUGAGACAGACCUGGCAGGGAUUUCCCCGUUGAGCACUAGCAGCUGGAGGAGUUGGGAGUUCGUGGCUAUCAUGGUUGUGUUCAUCGAUUGUGGGGAUGAAAUGUCAUUGUGCAUGGAAGGCGCGGCUCAUGGCUGAUGUGCAAUAAAAUGGCGGCUGCCGUUGUCAUUGUCUCCA